AUGGCAUGUGCUCUGGACUUUGGCAAGACUGUUGUGCAGUCUUCCAAGGUAUUGGGCUUGAAUCCAGCUUCGAUUCCUCCCGCCAUGUUGGGGUGUUUAUCGGACUGUACAGGCUCAACAAUUUUGUUCGCAGCCACCCACGUUUGUAAGUUUGUAAAGAUGCUUAUUUUUGACAUACACCAUUGCAUGUGCCAGGCUGUUCAACUAGGCUCACAGCUUAUGGCAUGCGCUCUGGACUUUGGCAAGAUUGGCAAACAGUCUUCCAAGGUAUUGGGCUUGAAUCCAGUUUGUCCUGCUUGCCACUUGGGAAGGUGCCAAGUGGACCAUCAGGCUCAACGUUUUUGCGCUCAACGAAGGCACGCUGUGAAUAGCAGCGCUUGA